GAGCCAGUGACAACACGUGACCGCGUCGCGGGUGGCGAAAAAUACGCGUUGCCGCGUGCGUAGCUGUCCUCCGCCCCAACCUGGCUCGUGCAACACUUGCAGUCCCUCCCACCAGGCUAGCUCAGUUCGCCUCAGUCAUCAUCCAACGGUGCUUCUUGAAGUUGCAACGCACCUCACAACGGCUGUAGCUAGCAUUGCGCAGUAGGCUGUCACUAAGUCAGUAGCGCGUGUUGACUGAUCCUAUGACGAGGUAACCAUGCCGAAAUUGAUUCACACCUGGGUUUUAUAUAUAUAACGCAUUGCCCUCGCAGUGCUGCUACGCUAUUCCCAACCUGACCCCGAGUUGAAGCGAGCACGUUCUGAGACUAUUACACUCCUUUCUCAGAGAUGCUUUCCUCGUUCUUAGUGCUCGGGUUAAUACUGCCCGGUCUAUCCAGCGGCAUGUCUACGCGUCGAAGCCUGCAGGUCCACGAGACCCGGGGCGACCCACCUUCAGGUUUCACGUUCACCGGGGCUGCCGCGCCCAACACUGUCCUUACCCUUCGUUUCGCACUCAAACAGAGCAACUCUAGCGGCAUCAUCGAUGCAUUGUACGACGUCAGCACUCCCUCGAGUGAUAAUUACGGCAUGUAUCUCAGCAAAGAAGCGGUACAAGCAUACAUGGCACCGACGAACAAGACCUCCACAGCGGUCAAUGCGUGGCUGAGCGAGAACGAUCUGCAGGCUACAAGCCUUUCUGGCGCUGGCGACUGGCUUUCGGUACAGAUGCUUGUCAGCACGGCGAACGACCUCUUGGGCGCAAACUUCUCCGUGUUCACGAACUCCGCGACGGGCCAGCAGGCUAUCCGGACGCUCAACUACUCGAUCCCAUCGGACCUCACGGACCAUCUCGACUUGGUGCACCCUACCGUAUCGUUUCCGAACAGCGUCGCUUCCGCACCUGUCAUAGAGUUCUUGCCAUCGCAGCUCACGAAACGCGACGACACCGGUCCUUGCAACGUGAGCCUGAUCACGCCUGAGUGUCUCCAGUGGCUCUACGAGAUCCCGACAACACCUGCGAGCCAUGGAAUCGAGCUAGCUGUCCCAGGAUAUUCUAACGAGUGGCCACAAGAAGCAUACUUGAAGACGUUCUUGGAGCGAUAUCGCCCAGACAUCGAUGCUGACACAACAUGGGACUUGGUUACGCUCGACGGAGGCUCCGACCCGCAGGGAUCCAACAGCACGAGCGUAGAAGGGAACCUCGACAUGCAGUGGACGAUUGGCUUGGCGACGAAUGUUACUGUCAGGCUUAUCUCCGUUAGCAACAUAAGCAUCCCCACGGGCGACGAGUUCGCAGAGUCGCUAAUCGACACGGCGUCGUACAUGCUUGACCUGGACGACCCGCCGCAAGUCAUGUCGACGAGCUACGGCGUUAAUGAGUCUCAAGUUUCCGAGAAACUCGCACUAUCACUGUGCAACUCAUACGCAGCCCUUGGAGCGCGUGGAGUCUCCGUGCUGUUCGGUUCUGGUGACGGGGGCGUCGCAGGUAUACAGUACCCUGAUGAGGACUGCACCACGUUCAACCCGACUUUCCCCUCCGGGUGCCCCUACCUCACGUCGGUCGGCGGGACCUACCUUGUCCCCGAGGCCGCCGCUAAAUUCUCCAGCGGAGGCUUCUCCAAUGUAUUCGAGCGCCCCUCUUACCAGGAGUCUGCCGUCUCGAGCUAUGUCGACUUCCUCGGCUCCACCAACCAGGGCCUCUACAACGCGAGCGGCCGCGCGUUCCCUGAUGUCGCCGCGUACUCUGUCGCGUUUGACGUCAUCUACGGCGGCGCUGAGGGACCUAUCAACGGGACGAGCUGCGCGACCCCGACGUUCGCGAACAUCAUCUCGCUGCUGAACGACGAGCUUGUCGCGGCGGGUCGCCCGGUGCUGGGCUUCCUCAACCCGUGGCUAUACUCGACGGGCGUGGAUGCCCUGACGGACAUCACUGUCGGCGAUAACUAUGCGUGCUCGGGCUUCACUACAGGGUUCAAUGCUACCGUGGGCUGGGAUGCGGUGACGGGACUGGGAAGUCCCAACUACCCAAAGCUGAAGGCAGCACUGGGUUUGUAGUCGCACAUGAAUUAUAGCCGCCGAGAUACACUGCGGUACCGGAUUUGUUCGCUAUCGGACAGCGGUGUCUGUGUCACGACGACGAUUUGGCCUCGAACCUGUGAGAGGAGCCGAAGUACUCUCCCAGUACUCAUAUCGAAGCUAUAAUCCUGGUGUCCAUACCCUCACAAUGUACCCUCAAGAUUGCUAUCAUUUACCACCUGCA